AUGUUGAUGCUCGUGCUUUUAUGUCUGUUUUCCAUGACCCUCGCCGGCUAUUACGAGGACCAGUACGAGAAGAUGAGGAAAGACUUGGAGGGCAAGAACAUAACUUGGAAGUUUGGUCUCAACGACGCGUUCCGAAACAUGUCCAAAAAGCAAUUAGAAGCCCUUUCCGGUUCAUGGAUAAUGCUGUUUGACGUGGCGAGAAUGCCAUUGGCCAACCGAUGGAAAAUCUGGUCAUAA